AUGACCAAGUCUGAGAUCAAUGCUCUUAGAAAAGAAACUCGAUCUGUCUUUUACCACGGUCUGACCAACUAUCGCCAAUUUGCAUACCCGGACGAUGAAUUGCGACCCCUGUCAUGUCUGCCUUUGACGCGCGAUCGUGUCAAUCCCGCUCACAUCGAGGUCAAUGAUGUUCUCGGCAACUACUCGCUCUCGGUUGUGGACAGUCUUUCCACCCUUGCUAUCCUCGCUUCAGACCCAGAAUCCGAUCUGGACCAUUACAAUGCCCUGGAUGACUUUCAAGAGUAUGUCGAGUUGGUGAUAGAAGAAUAUGGAGAUGGCUCGCCUGGUCCUGCUGGUCAGGGUCGACGUGCUAGAGGUUUUGAUUUGGAUAGCAAAGUUCAAGUCUUUGAGACGACAAUCCGUGGCUUGGGUGGCCUUUUGAGUGCUCAUCUGUUUGCCAUUGGUGAACUGCCUAUCCGCGGCUACGAACCAGACAUUCAAGAGGAUGGGAUACACUGGCCAAACGGCUUUGUCUAUGAUGGUCAGUUGUUGCGACUUGCCCAGGACUUGGGAGAGCGUCUCUUGCCUGCCUUCCACACUCCAACCGGACUGCCUUAUCCGCGAGUCAAUCUUCGCUACGGCACUCCCUUUUACGAAAACUCACCCCUCAACAACGAUGCGGAACACGGUCAAUGUCACAAAACACAAAAGCCAAAGGGGGCUCGUGAGAUCACUGAGACUUGUAGCGCUGGUGCUGGAAGUCUUGUGCUCGAAUUUACCACACUCUCGCGCCUGACCAAUGAUGAUCGCUUCGAACGUCUGGCCAAGCGUGCUUUCUGGGCUGUCUGGGAACGACGCAGUGCUUCCGGCCUUAUCGGUGCUGGCAUCGACGCAGAGACUGGUGCGUGGAUCGGUCCUUGGACUGGUAUCGGUGCUGGUAUCGACAGUUUCUUCGAGUACGCCUUCAAGUCGCACAUCUUGUUAUCUGCAUUGACAGGUGACUCGUACAACAUGACCGAGGAUUCUCCAGACGCCUUCCUCCAGACUUGGAAAGAUGCUCACUCCGCCAUUAUGAGACAUGUUUAUCGGGACGCAUACUUUACACAUCCGCAUUACGCUCAGAAUGACCUCUAUACCGGCGGGCCUCGACUUACUUGGAUAGACAGUCUCAGUGCUUACUACCCUGGUCUGCUGGUUUUGGCUGGUGAGUUGGAUGAAGCUAUGACAGCUCACCUCUUGUAUACUGCUCUUUGGUCGCGCUACGGUGCUUUGCCUGAAAGAUGGGAUGCAACUACUGGUGCAAUUCAUGGUGGUCUCAAGUGGUGGGGUGGCCGACCAGAAUUCAUUGAAUCCACAUGGUACAUCUAUCAUGCCACCAAAGACCCUUGGUAUCUGCAUAUAGGUGAGAUGGCACUGCGUGAUAUCAAGCGCAGAUGUUAUACAAAAUGUGGAUGGGCUGGUCUGCAAGAUGUCCGAACAGGCGAGCAAAGCGAUCGCAUGGAAAGCUUUUUCUUGGGUGAGACAGCAAAGUACAUGUAUUUGUUGUUUGACCCUGAUCAUCCGCUCAACAAUAUCGAUGCGCCUUGGGUUUUCACCACAGAAGGCCACCCAUUGAUUAUACCCAAGGCAAACAGAACAAGGACGAGGCGUUACCACGCCGAGAAGGAUACUUCGCUCAGUGCCGCUCUACCACCGACAGCCGAGCAAUGUCCGCUCCCACCGCCUUUGUUACCUCUGACGAUAUCCUCCACUGCAGCUCGGUCAGACAUAUUCCACGCUGCUUCCCUGGCUCGACUCCAUCUAAUGCCCGUUGGCAACAAGCCUGGUGCUCCGUCAUUGGAUUGGGCUUCCGACCAUCCAAGUGUGACCAUGCUCGGUCCUGAAUCGCCAACCAACUUCACUUUCUAUCCUUGGACUUUGCCUCUAGAUCUGAUUCCGGCAGACGGUUAUAGUACCAAGCUGUCCAACAAGCCAACUUUCGACCUUACAUUUCCAACUACUGUUGGCACUGGUCUCGAGAUUGGCACACUUCAGAAGAUUGACGGAGGUGUUCUUGUCAAUUCAAUCUCUGGACUACGUUUUGGCAUGGUCUUAGAGGACGCUGGGCCUGACGAGGAUGAAUACAGGAUAUACACAUUAGGCAACUUCGCUCUUGGCCGCGAUGAGCACAUCGCAUUGAGCCGAGAUACAUUGUCACAGAUCAAUCCGACGGAUCCACAUUUCACACGCAUGCGCGAUGUCGAAGCCAUGGACCUCAUCAUCGAUGUACCGCAUCCUGCAGAACCUGCUAUCGAAGCUCUGGUCUACAACAACUCCGCUAUGAACGACCAUGUCUUUGACUUCAAUCUGGACUUCGAUUUGGACGCGCUAGAUGCCACAUCCAGCCCUGGAGAAAUGGUAUUGGAUUCCCUACCGAAAGCCCUCUUUGCUGACGUGCAUCGCCUUGCUGAACAGCUUGAUGGUCUUGUGGGUGUUCUGCCAGACGCUGAUAGUAUUGAUGAUGCUCUUCGAGAUGCAGCUAAACAGCUACGAUCAAAGUCACCAGCAGCCUCAUCGUCCACCAAGAUGCCUUACCAGCAGCCGAAGGGACUACAACGCUUCACCACCCCGGCAAUGUUACCUAUUGGACCUGGUGCGGCACCAUUGCCCGCAACAAUCGAUUCAGCAGUGGAUCCACGCAGUCUUCCUACCGGUCAUCUUCCUUACACCAGCAUCCUUGUCGUCGACUCUGAUCUCUGUAACACCUCGCCGCUACCUCUCGACCUUGUUUCCACACACAAUGUUCUCAUCAUUCGAAGAGGUGGUUGUAGCUUCAGCAAAAAGCUUGCCGCCAUCCCUUCGUUUCCACCAUCUGCAAAAGCUCUACAGAUAGUGUUAGUCGUCAGCUUUGGUAGCGACGAAGGGACUAGACCUCUGGUUGACGAAGCACAACUAACGCCAAAAGGGUUGCCAAGACGUCAUCCCAUCUGCCUCGCUCUCGUACCUGGAGGCCAAACGGUUUGGGAAACCUUUGUUCGCGGCGCCAGCACAUUUGCCAUUGUAGACAACACUGGUGCAGUCACCAUCCAGGAAAGUCGGCAACAGAAUAAUUUACCCGGACAACAUGCAGAGACCGGAGCAACAGAAUCUCAGCCGAAAGAGACCGGCAAGAAGAAAGCAAAGAAGACGACGAAGCCAAAGGCAAAGGCAAAGAAAGAAGAUACAGAGGUACCUGGUAUCGGAGUGAGGAGGAGGUACUAUUUCACGAGCAAAGGUGUGCGGAUUAGUAAUCUCAUAGUCACUUAG